GGCCCGUCCCGCCCCGUCCCGGCCCGUCCCGGCCCCGGCGGCGGCGCGGCGGGCGGUGAGUCACGGCGGGCGGGGGCUGUCGGCGGCCGGUGCCGGCGGGGCACGGCCGGGAGCAGUGGGCACCGCCGGCUGCACCGCCGAGACAUGGCCCCGGCCCUCGCCCUGCUGCUGCUGCUGCUGCUGCUCCGCCACGGUGUCUCUGCCAGCCUGGAGGAGAAACUGGCCCACGUGGAGAAGUAUGAGACAGUGAUGCCUCGCAGGGUGCCAGCAGCUCGGGGGAAGAGGGACCUCUCUGCUCAAUCCAGCAUCUAUCCAGACCACGUCCUCUACAGCAUCCAUGCUGAAGGCAAGGACUAUGUUCUGCAUCUGGAGAAGAAUAAGGAGCUGCUUGGACAGCAUUACACCGAGAUGCAUUACUUGGCCGACGGCACGGAGAUCAUAGAGAAGCCAGAUGUUCAGGAUCAUUGCUUUUACCAGGGCCAUGUUCGGGGGUAUGCCAUUUCAGCAGCAAGCAUCAGCACCUGCAAAGGGCUCAGUGGAUUUUUCCGGGUAAACGAGACUGCCUACGUGCUGGAGCCCCUGGGUGAGGAUGAGGCUGGAUGGCACGCAGUGUACAGAGCAGCUCACCUGCGGAUGAAGCGUGGCACAUGCCAAGAAGCUGGUGCCACCCUGGAAUAUGACCACGAACCAAAAAUUGCUGCAGCCAUGAAGCUCCAUCACUGGAAAUCAGCUCCGCUACACAAAGGGCCUCGGUAUGUGGAGCUGGUCUUGGUUGUGGACAACGAGGAGUUCAGGAAGUACAAGGACUUGCGCACGGUGCAGAAUCGCAUGAAGGAAAUUGUGAACCACGUUGACAAGCUUUAUCAGCCUCUUCACUUGCGUGUGGCCUUGAUUGGCUUGGAGGUGUGGAGCAACAAGGACAAAAUCACUGUGAGUCCCAACCCAGAAGUGACUCUGGACAACUUCCUCCAUUGGCGUGAGACGGAACUGCUGAAGAAGAAGAAGCACGACAAUGCCCAGCUGAUCACGGGCAUAGACUUCCAUGGAACAACCGUAGGCCUCGCGAAGAAGCUUGCGAUGUGCACCAGGGACUCGGGCGGUGUCAACCAGGACCACAGUGAGAAACCUAUUGGUGUUGCAUCCACCAUGGCUCAUGAGAUGGGGCACAACCUGGGCAUGUCUCACGAUGAAGACAUUGCUAGUUGCCACUGUCCUGUCCCCAAAAGUGAUGGAGGAUGUGUUAUGGCAGCGAGUGUUGGCUUGGUUUACCCCAAGCUCUUCAGCAGCUGCAGUGAACACGACAUGUGGCAGUUCCUUGGAGACCCCAGGACCAGCUGCUUGCUGAAUGUCCCCAAGGCUGAUGAGCUGUAUGGGGGGCCUGUGUGUGGGAACCAGUUCGUGGAGCGAGGAGAGCAGUGCGACUGUGGCGCGCCGGAGGAGUGCUCCGAUCGCUGCUGCAAUGCCACCACGUGCCAGCUGAGAGAGGGAGCCGAGUGCGCCCGUGGAGCGUGCUGCCAGGACUGCAAGGUGAAGGCUACCGGCACACUGUGCCGCGCCAGCAAGAACGGCUGUGACCUGCCCGAGCACUGCACUGGCCUCAGCCCUGAGUGCCCGGAGGACGUCUUCCAGGAGAACGGCAUCCCGUGCCAGAACGGGAACGGGUACUGCUACAACGGGGCAUGUCCCUCACACGGCGAGCAGUGCCGCAGGCUCUGGGGAGCAGCGGCCCAGGUGGCUCCCGACAUCUGCUUUAAGCACAACAGCGAGCAAAACCUGUACCUCCACUGCCUCACCGAGUCGGGGAAGAGGCCCUGCAGCCCCAAGGAUGUGAAGUGUGGCACGCUGCUGUGUCUGAGCGAGAACACCAGCCCCGUCAUCGGCGGCGGCUCGUACUCCCUCUCAUUUGGCCGCUUGAAGUGCAAAGCAGCCAUCACAGAUAACGAUGCCAGCGGGACGGUGGCCAAUCUCAGGCUGGUGCCCACAGGCACCAAGUGUGGGGAGGAAAUGGUCUGCUAUGCCGGGCGCUGCCAGAACGUCCUGGUCUACGGCAACAAGAACUGCUCUGCAAAAUGCAACAACCAUGGGGUUUGCAACCACAAGCGGGAGUGUCACUGUGAACCGGGGUGGGCAGCGCCGUACUGCGAGCAGAAGCUUUCGGAGAUCACCACGGGGGGCAGCAGCCUGGUCGUGGCAGCCGUGCUGGCUGUGUUGGCACUCUCCGGCAUCCUGCUUGGUGGAGGCUUCGUGCUCCUCAGAGGUGGUGGGAAGAGGUACUUCCAGAAAGGGCGAAUCUCCACCAGUCUUGCUCGUGGCCUCACCAAUCCCCUCUUCCAGGAGGGUGGCAGGAAGCGGCCCAUGCAGAGCGAGCUGUCCCGGCAUGACAUUGGCAGCCCCAGCCUGCUCACCACAACCUCGGACCUGCAGGGCGCCCGCUCUGUGAGGCCCAGCCGCCCAGCUCCGGAGCCUCCUCUGCCAGCCACUCAGAUGAUGUCUCCAGCCUCCCCAGGCCAGCCCUCGCAGGGUGUCGCAAAGCUCUGUUUACCACCUCUGCCCCCAGCCUCUGCAAAGCCUCUGCUGGCCCCUAGAGAGGUGAAGCCCAAUCCACCCAGCAAGCCUCUCCCGGCGCUGAAGAGCAAGGAGCUCGCCCGGCCCCGCUGUGCCGCAGGAGACGCACCAUUGCCGCCAGCUCCUCCUGCCAAGCCCGCAGCCCUGUCGUCCCAGGCCCGUCCAGACCCCGCCGUGCCCCAGAGAGGUGUCGCCCCAAAGGUGGCCCUGAAGCCACCCACAGCCCGGAGGUGACCCAGGCUGCAUCCGCCACAGCAAUGGAGGAUUGCUGGCUCCGGCGCUUUGGGUGGGACAGCGAGAGCGUCCACAUCUUGCUUCAAUGGUACUUGAAUCGCUUGCUGGAUCCUCCCUCGAGGCCGUCAGUGUUUACAGAUGUUUGAGUUGUGCCUUAACAGACUUCUAGCUUUAUGGUUUGACCAGAAAGAGUCACGAGCUGGGGGCUCACAACCAUGGGGAGAGACCAGGAACAUGGACAGUGCCAAGACCACUCUCCCUCCAGGAAAAUCCCAAACAAGACCUGUUGUUUUUCUUACUGCCCUUCUCCACCAAGCUCCUUCUGAUCUGGCUCUGGUUCUUAGUUGUUUCGGGGUUGCCUGUACCCUGGGUGCUGCUGCGUCUCUCAUCCUGGCUCUGCACCCAGUUUAGUAGCUCAUGCCUGGCCUAAGUGGCUCUUUGGGCCCUGGUCUGGGGCUCUUGAGAGCUCCUGCUCCUCACGGCCCUUCCCUGCUGAGGCCACGGCGAGGAGCUCCCAGCUUUGCCAUGUAUGUGGGGGUCAGUGCCCCCCACAGCAGGGACAGUGCCUGCUCUGAGGACAGUGCCCAUGGGCCACCUCCUGCAUCAGCCCAGCACUGCAACUGGGGCCAGCUGCACAGUGUGUCUUGCCAGUGGCCUUGGCAGGUCCAAGCCAGGUUUGGAUUCACUGUCAGCCCCUGGUGGGUUUUUUUUCCAGCUCUGAAAUUACCACUCGACUAACUCUUCUCCCGAAAGGGGAUUUCCUGGGAGUGUUUUCACCACAGCCAUUAAUUUAUGACCCUUCCUAUGACCAUUUUGAGCCAUUCGUUGUGAAACUGGUCCUCCCCAUUUUGCUAUCAUUCAGGUUGAAGGCUUUUAUACAAAUAAAGACUGGAAGUAACUUUA